GUUUGACGAUGGCUGUUGUCAUCACUAAAUUUUCUAGUACUUACUUAAAUGUCUGACCAGUUGCGUCGAUAUCCCUCAGAGAACAAGGUUAAUGAUAACUGUGUUCAUUUUAUCUGUAGCACAUGGUACAUGCAACUAGUCCGACCAUGGGAGAAAUCUCCACAGGACACAUCGAUGUGGAAAUCGAUAAAGCCGAUCUUCCGAUAGGUUUAUACGCGUCUGAAAAUUACCUGCAAACGUCACCAGAUUUAAGAAGGCGCUCCGAACUGAAUGUGACAACAGAUACACUGAUAAAUUACGGUUCAAUGGAACAAGAAAAUCUCGCUAUCGAAGGUGGCGAGCGGGUGCAGCGAUACGAAAAUGUAACCGUCAAAGAAAAUAAGCACCCCAAAGGGCCUGAAGGUUACCAGAACUUUGGUAUGCUGGCAGCGUCCUCAUUUGAUAAAGGGACAUUAGAGGAAUCGGUUAUGCAGGAACACGCCUCCGAAGUACCACUGGACAAAAAACGAAACUAUCAGCAGAUGACGGAGAGAACAAGUAAUUUUGUCCCGGAAGACAGUGAGAAACCGCGAAACCUAACCACUGACGAACCUCUUUUGCCCACCAGACGAUCAGUGCAGCAUCUCUAAUCGAACUCGACAAACAACCUUUUGUCCAUAUAUUUCACAUUUUCGCUACCGUUUACGCUACUCGUGAUUUUGUCGGUGCCCAUGCCCUUUUCCAAUUUUUUUUUAAAAUUUUGUGAACACUAAGGCUUGUUUAUGUACCGUAAGGAUUGGUACCGGCUGUUGUGCAUUUUCAGAACAAUAUUUCUUUAAUUUGUUG